ACCCAAAAGCCUAGGGUAAACACUGGGGAAUCUAGCGAAGAGCAUUGGUCAGCAGACUGCAUCCAUCCCUUUCCCACUUUUAUAUAGCGGACAGAGGAGAUAGAGAGAGAAACACGCACGCGCAAAGACUAGAGAGGCACUCUGUUCCCAGAGAGAGAGAGAGAGAGAGAGAGGGCAGGGCAGGGCAGGGCAGAGCAUAGCAGAAAUGGAGAGAAGCGCCGCCGCCUUUGCUGGGCUUCAGCCAAAUCACCUAUCGUGCCCCUCCUUCCGCCGCAAUUCUUACACUUAUAUCCCUUCCCCGUCGCCCUUCGCCGACGGAUCACUUUCCUCUCCUUCCUCUCUCAAGCUCCAAAAGCAGCUUCCCUUGGCUUCUUAUACAGCUCUUCAAGCACGUUCUCCCUCUAUGCGUGAUGCCGUUUUAUCUGAUACUUACAGUGAAACAGCCGAAUUAGCCAACAUAGACUGGGAGAACCUUGGAUUUGCAUUUCUUCCUACUGAUUAUAUGUAUAUCAUGAAAUGUGCUCGAGAUGGAGACUUCUCUAAAGGUGAAUUACAGCGUUUUGGGAACAUUGAAAUGAACCCCUCAGCCGGAGUCUUGAAUUAUGGUCAGGGAUUAUUUGAAGGUUUGAAAGCCUACAGGAAAGAAGAUGGCAAUAUUUUACUGUUUCGUCCUGAGGAAAAUGCAUUGAGGAUGAGGUUGGGUGCAGAGCGGAUGUGCAUGCCAUCACCUACAGUUGAACAGUUUGUGGAAGCUGUAAAGGCUACUGUUUUAGCAAACAAACGUUGGAUUCCUCCUCCAGGCAAAGGUUCCUUAUACAUUAGGCCAUUGCUAAUGGGAAGUGGAGCUGUUCUUGGUCUUGCACCUGCUCCAGAGUAUACCUUUCUGAUUUAUGUGUCACCUGUUGGAAACUAUUUUAAGGAAGGUGUGGCACCAAUACAUCUUAUUAUUGAGCAUGAAUUGCAUCGUGCGACUCCUGGUGGUACUGGAGGUGUAAAGACCAUAGGCAACUAUGCUGCCGUUCUGAAGGCGCAAUCAGCUGCAAAAGCCAAAGGCUAUUCUGAUGUGCUUUAUCUUGAUUGUGUCCACAAAAGAUAUCUAGAGGAGGUUUCCUCUUGCAAUAUUUUUGUCGUGAAGGAUAAUGUUAUCUCCACGCCUGCAAUAAAAGGGACGAUUCUACCUGGCAUCACACGAAAGAGCAUAAUUGAUGUUGCUCGAAGCCAAGGGUUUCAGGUUGAGGAACGCCACGUGGCAGUAGAUGAAUUGCUUGAUGCUGAUGAAGUGUUUUGUACGGGAACAGCUGUGGUAGUAUCACCUGUUGGAAGCAUUACUUAUAUGGGCAAAAGGGUGUCCUAUAGUGAUGGCGGUGUUGGUGUUGUGUCGCAACAACUCUACUCUGUGCUUACCAGACUACAGAUGGGACUUAUAGAAGACAAGAUGGAUUGGACUGUGGAGGUGAGGUAGGCAUUUUCGAAGGAACAUGUCUAGUUUGUGACCUCUAUGGAGUGCAGAAAUUGUUAAGUUUGCUUUUGCAACCAGUGAUCUUUAGAUUUUUUUUUUUUGUUUUUUGUUUUUUUUUUCUACGGAGUUAUUUCUUUCUUCUAA